AUGGGCAAAACACCCAUUGCUGUUCCGCUCGUUGACCUACAUCUCGCUUACUAUGGUUUUAUCAUUAUGGCUCAAGGCAUCUUACUGGGUUCGGCGAGCACCGCAGAUCCGGAAUUCUCAUGUGCCAAGGAUAAAAUCAUCAACGCUUCUAAUCAUGUUGCCAGUUUGUUCCAAAUGCUCCAACACAUCACCAGCCAAGGCAAUUUCGGAGUCUACUUCGCACACAUAUCCGCCAUAAGCGCACUCAUUCUUGUCCAAUUCCUCACUGAACCGGGUGUCCCCGACAUCUUUCAUAUACUGACUGUUGUAUUGGUAUGUGUCUCUCGGCGCUGGGUAAUUGUGCGUGGAAUUCUAAGGAUGAUCUGGGCUACACUCACACGGCAUAAAGUGGAAUGGUACCUCAAUGCAGCCACCUCAAGCCUCUUCCAUCUUGCUGCCCUAGAAGAGUGGGGCCCGCGAGAGCAUCAGUUACUUAAGAAGUGUGCAUAUCCAAACUACGCUGAAGUGCACGAGAAAGGCCGAGAUUAUGUGGAGAUGGGUGAUAUACUGCAAGAAUAUGCUUCUAUGCAGAUAAGUGGGAGCACAGAAGUAGACCCUUCUAUUAGCCGGCCAUAA